CUAAUGUUGAUGGAAACCAAGGACCUAAUGAUGUCCAUGGUUUAGUGUACACUCAUUGGCUGAGCCUAGCUGUUUCUAUGUCGUCGUUGUACAUGAUUACCGUCUAGCUUCUAAUUUACACACCCUGUUUCGUAACAUUUUUUUAUUUUUAUACUCACUGUUGCAACAACAAUAUGCAACUUCAAGUGGUAUAUGAUGCAGAGAGUGGUUUAUUGAGAUGGUGUACGCCAGAGAUUGUGAUAUCCUCUCUUGAUGCCAAUAACACAAAUAACUUUGUUCUUAGUAUCAAAACUGGAGAGGUUAAAAAGGUAGAAAGUAGAGAUCAUUUUAUCUCUAUAAGGAAUAGUGCUAUAAUAAUAGUAUUUUGUAUUGGUGGUGGUUAUCCAGAUGGAAGUGUUUUGCUAGAAGAAAAUGUGGGAGAGGAUGCUAUAAAAGAAAAUAAGUUGUUGGUCCUUGACUAUCUAAGGAAAGCGAAAAAGAAAAAUGAAGGAGUAGAUAAGAAUAAAGACAACUUCGAGCAGGUGGCAGAACGGUUAAAACACAUUGAGACAGAGAGAUUUAUUCAUAUCGAUGAAGAGAUAAAUAUUAUCGAAGGGGUUAAUUGUACCAAAAUGUCAUUGUUGAAAGAGAUAGUAAAAAAGAAACAGCUUGUUCAAUCAGACAAAGAUUGCCUAGAGAAUCUAAAGAUAACUCUGGCAAAUUUGAUGGUUCGAAGAGAGAAAAAUAACGAACUAGUUCAACAGAACAGGAACUUUGGCUUCCCUGAAGAUCACCAAGAUGUAAUCAGGGCAUUAGUCGAGCAUAUGUUGAUAGAGAUAUCUUUAUGCCGGUUAUCAAAAGAUUCUAAAGAUUUGUCCUGCAGCACUAAUUUGAUGGCAGUAGAACUCACGACCAUGAUAAAAAAAUUGCUGUUGUUAAAGUUUUCAUCAUUUUAAACCCAGGCUCAUUUUAAACCAAGGAAAACAAUUUGUUGUUGUGUACCACUGUUUUAAAUAAAAGGGGAUUACACCCCUUUUCCCCGGUUUUUGAAUAUGAAAAAUAUCUGUAUCUCAUUAACCGUUCCCCAUUUUUUCAUCAGACACCCUUUUUGUGUCUUAGAAAUCUACAAAAUAACAUUUUUUUCCUUCCAGAGCCUGACUUAAUUAAGAUCUAUGUAAAGUUAUUGUCCUGGGUAUGACGUUAAACUACAUCCAGGCAGAGCAGGUAGGUUGUCUGUGGGGUUAGUCAGUCCCAACUAACUUCUACAAAAUGCAGACAAGAGACCGUAUAAACCUCUCUGUGACUGGCGGGAUGUUCGGCGCCAUAAAACCGAGCGGGACCCCUGGAUAUGAGGGAGGGAACUUGCUGCCUUGUAAAGAGGUCUUGGAUGGCCAAAGACUAGGCCCACCACCGAAAACUGUGGACGUCGAUGGCGUGGCGACCCUUCGACUAUCUAGCCUUUAGUUUCUCAUGAUGUAUAUGUCGAUUAUACAGAUUGUGUCGUAUGAGACAGCCCAACACUGUCAAUUAAUGGCAUUUGCUGCAUCCUACAAAGUUAGCUAUGCUGGCCUUAUAGGGGAGUUACGAGUUUGAAAUUUCACUUAUACAUUUAAGGAAUAUAGAAAAAAAAGUGAGGCUGAACUUGUUUUUCGCUGCCUUGGUAUUUUUUCCAUAAUUUAAUUCUGGUAUUGCAAUUGUUGAAUGUUAAGAUAAGCAAGCAAGUAAGAAAGCAAUACAAACAAGAUUUG